AUGAAUUUCUUCUAUUCUAAAAAAAAAAAAAAGAGUAAAGAUCUCAAAUCUGUUUGGGAAGCCAUGGAAGAGUGCAAGAAACUCGGCCUUGCUAGAGGUAUUGGAGUUAGUAACUUCACAUGCAGUAUGCUCGAGGAGCUUCUUUCCUUCGCCGAAAUCCCUCCGGCCGUCAACCAGUUGGAGAUGAACCCAGCUUGGCAGCUGAAGAAAUUGAGGGACUUCUGCAAGGCAAAGGGUGUUCAUGUCACGGCUUACUCUCCGCUCGGAGCAGCUAGGGCUAAAUGGGGUGACAAUAGGGUUUUGGGGUCAGAUGUGAUCGAAGAGAUUGCCCUAGCCAGAGGAAAAACAACUGCUCAGAUAUCAUUGAGAUGGGUGUAUGAACAAGGUGUGAGCAUAGUAACAAAAAGCUACAACAAGGAAAGAAUGAGGCAGAACCUUGACAUCUUCGACUUCUGCUUGACCGAGGAGGAAUUGGAGAAGAUGAGUCAUCUUCCACAACGGAAAGGGGUUACCUUUGCCUCACUUCUAGGACCCCAUGAUAUCGUUCUGGAAAUUGACGCAGAAUUAUGAGCCAGAC